GACGGGUGUCCCUGUUACACCAGCCCCACCAUGGCAGGGGCGGAAGACAAGGACCCGCUGGGUUUCUUCGCCGCUUACUGCAGCGACAACAGUUCGAGCGGCAGCUCCGACUCCGACGGCGAGGAGGUCUCGGGCUCGCAGCGACAGGCCGCUUCGCAGCAGGGGAAGAGAGAAGAGAAGGCGCGCCUGCCCGGGCCCGACGAGCUCUUCAGCAGCGUCAACCGGCCCGCCUUUCUCUAUAACCCGCUGCAUAAGGAGAUCGACUGGGAGAGCAGGGUCGUGCGCGCGCCCGAGGAGCCUCCCAAGGAAUUCAAGGCAUGGAGUACAAAUGCUGUACCACCUCCUGAGAUUUACAGUGUUAAAGAAACAAAGCCCCCACCACCACCUGAAUUAGAUAUGGCAAUAAAGUGGUCUAAUAUAUAUGAAGAUAAUGGUGAUGAUGCUCCAAGACAUUCAAAUAAUGUCAACUUCUUACCAGACAAAGAACAAGAGUCCUUCCAAUCAGAUGAUGAAAAAGAUGAACCUGCGUCAGCUAAGAAACGCAAGCUGGACCCUGAAGAGCAGACAAAAAAGAAAAAACGAUGAACUGAACAAAGUUUGACUCUGAAAACUUUUUAUUGAAUACUUAGGAGGACAUCUGUUGGGCAUUAAGAUCACUACUGACACAAUAAAAUAAAAUGGCAUCACCAUAUGGCACACAGCGUAUUUAGGGGUUGUGUAAUUUAUGUGAAAUGUUUAUCAUCUAGAGUUUAUCAGUUGGCAUUGUUACGGAUUUUGUACUUACAAACCCAAAAUAUAUCAGCUAUGGAUAUUUUAAUUAAAACAAAACUUCUUAGAAUAUUGUGAUAUGUAUUUAUACUCAUGCAGGUUGUAGAAAUUCACAGUAUUUUGUUCAGCCACAGAACAGGUAAAUGUGGUAAUUAUUUACUGAACCUCUAUUGUGGUUAAAGUUUUUUUUAAUGAACAAAUGACAUUUUUAGAAGGGAGGAAAAAGUUUUAAACGUUGUGUUAUAGUUGUAAUGAUGCUAGUUGGAAAUGUAUGUAAAGUAUGUAUGCAGAUUCCUAAAAUAAAACUAUUUAAAAGGGUAUCUGCUAACAUUAUCAAUUGAAAUACAUAGCAAAUAUAAAUCAGAUAUGUUUGAUUGGGAUUUCAUUGGAAUAUGUUUGUACAGUAUGUAAUAUACUUCUAAAAAUAGAGUCCUUAAAGUUCCUCUGGGCUCUGAUUUCGCUGUGCUACUUGUCUGAGUCUUACAAGAGCUACACGAGGUUAAAAUAAAAUAGUUUUUUAUAAUGUA